GGCGUCGCCACUCAAAUUCAGUCGGGUUCUGAUGUUCUGCCGUUGACUUCCGUCAUUGAGCAGCAGAAUAGGUAAGUAAUCUCGACUUCUCUUCCAUCUCCUCCAGAAACUGACCGGCUUGUCAGUGCCAAUGGCCAAGACCAUUUCCUGUUCGGCGCCGGAGAGCAGAUUGAGUCGGUUACUGAAGUCAUGCCGUCUACUCCCGUCACUGCGCAGCAGAACAAGUAAGUGAUCUUGACUUGGACGCCUCAGUGACCGAGCUGACCCAUUUGCCAGUGCUAAUGGCCAGCACAACCUCAUGAUCGGCGCCGGGGAGCAAGUCCCGUCGGUCUCGCAAGUCAUGUCAUCGACCCUUGUCCUUCAGCAGCGGAACAAGUAAGUAAUUCCAACUUAGACUUCCUCGAGUGACUAGGGCUGACCCAUUCUCCAGUGCCAAUGGUCAACACAACUCCAUGUCCGGCGGCCAGAACCAUGUCUCGCCGGCUUCGGAAGCCAUGCCUGCCACUUCCAUUCCUGUCGCUGAGCAGGAGGGUCUUUAUCCCAACCAAGGCCACCGCACUGGUAACCAGCCUGUCGUUGCCGUCAGGCAGAAUUUCCGCGGUGUUAAUCAAUUCGCUCGCUCGGUCGCAUCUGUCGCCGGUCCUUCUCAGCCGAACUCUGUCUCGUCUGUCAAUUCGGAUAACCCUUCAUCCGACAACAAGCGCAAAGGGACCGAAUCUGACGAUAACGACGAGUCUCCGAACAAGCGUCGCCAGACCUCAAUCACCUCCUCAACCACUUUCUUGGUCCCGUCCUCAAUCACGUCCUCAAUCAAGGCUGGAGUCAAUGCCGCGGUUCAACUCGUUUUGAAGGAGAUCAAUGAGACCGGCACUGCAUUCGCUCAACUGCUGAUGGACGGUCCUCUUGCCGACUUCCAUUCUCCCCAGGCCCAGGCCCGCAUUGAACAAACCAUCAUGAGACUCAUUAACGAGGUCAAUGCCAUGAAUAUCGAGAGCGACCAGAGAGCCUUCAAUAACGGAGCAUUCAAAGCUCUUCAGGAAAUCCUCAGAGAGGCUGAAGAGCUGGGUCAAGUCUUUGGCGAGACACUUCUGCAAGGCGCCAUUUCCGGCCAAGAGCUCCUCGAAGCCAGACGGCGCAUGUCGCGCAUGUACAGGGACAUCAUGGUCUCGUACACGCCGCUUCCCGGAGCACAGCCGGCACAGAAUGUCAAUGGUGUGCCAGUCCGCCCGUCCAGCAACCUUGCUCCCGUCCCGCCCGCUUGGCCCUCGCGGGCCAGCGGCUCAAACCAGAACGUUGUUGGUGCCGUCGUCAAUCCGGCUACCUGGAGCCCCGAGGCUUCCCCCACCGGCGUUCACAACCAGAACGGCCCGCGUGCGGUCUCGACUGCUGCUGCUGCCCAGACCCCUGAGGCGACUCAGGGUGUCUUCAACCAGGACUUCACGGUCUUCGGCCCGACCCCAAUCCCCGGCACCAGCACCGGCAGCGACAACAGCAAUGGCGACGGCGACAGCCCUUUGCGCCCGCUGGUUUUGCCCGAGGGCUUCGUGCCCAUCUUUCCCCCCUCGGUCCCAUCGUCGCAGCAGAUGGCGACCCCAUCCCCGACCCCGGAGGCGCCGGCGCCGGAGUCGUUCGACGCGACCAUCUUUGCCCUGAGGAUGCCGCCCACCGACCCCGCUCUCCUGCCCGCCUUUGACGACGUCCCGGUCAAGGAGAAGAAGCUGCGCAAGCGCCGCGCCAACCAGGGCGCCUCCGGCCAGGCCGCGCCGAGGAAGAGGGCCAAGAAGAACAAGGCCGACGACGAGCCCAAGGUGUCCACGGUCGAGAAGGUCCGCCCGUCGUGGACGUACACCUUCGGGACCAGGCUGCACGGCCUGGAGAAGGAGUCGGGCGGCCUCGUCCGUCUCCCCGGCGCAACAGCCAGGAUGGAGGCGACCAUCGCCCGCUUCAAGGCGGCCGUUCUGGAGGAGCUGGCCAUGGAGGAGGAGCAGAUCCCCUCCGGGUUCGUGUACCUAGCUAGGCUAGGACACGAACAGAACAUGGCCGCCCUCCGGCGGUUGCUGAAGAAGCUGGCGAAGGAGGCGGCGCUGGCGGCGGGGUUGGAGUGGGAGGAGGACGAGGAGGAGGAGGAUGAGGAGGGGGAGGGGGAGGAGGAGUAGGGGGAGGAGGAGGAGAUUGUGGUGGUGGUGGUGUGUUGGUGGUGUUGGUGGUGGUGGUGAUGGGGGUGGUGAUGGUGGUGGUGGUGUUGGCGGUGGUGGUGGUGGUGGUG